AUUUUUUUAGUUGCAUGAAAAUGGGAAACCCGGAUAGUUUACUUCCUACUUUAAAAUAUUUACAUGCUUGUCGUAUAUGUCUUGGAAAAGGACAACAUACGCUGAACCUGUUUUCUAAAAAUGAAGAAGCAAUAAGGAUAAUAGAUAAAAUAUUGGAAUGUUUUCAAAUAAAACUUGAAUUCAAAAAACAUUUACCUUCAUUCAUUUGCAAGAAAUGCAUCGAAGACGUGACUAUCGCCUGGAAGUUUCGAGAAAAAUGCAUUAAUUUUGAAAAACAGUUUGCUCUAUACAAUAAGGACGUUUUAGAAACUAAUGCGACUUUCUUACACAGUAAUGAUGAACUGGAAGAAAUUGAAGUGAAAGAGGAAUUCGGACCAAACGAAGAAAAUGUAGAUUUAACAAAUGGCACUCGAGUUACAGGAACAAGCUUGAUGAGAACUACGGAAAAUAGGUUGAAAUGUCCAUACUGUAAUAAAACCCUAAAAAAUGAAGCAUCAUUACAAAAACACAAAGUUUCUAUGCAUCAAAAAAGAAAAUAUUUGGGUAAUGUGACUGGAUUUGGGUCCAACCGACGCUAUCAUUGUACAAAAUGUUCAUAUGCUACCCCACACAGCCAGACUUUGAUAAAUCACAUGAGAACACAUAAUGGAGAGCGUCCAUAUAAUUGCGAUUGUGGAAAAAGUUUCACGCAGUCAUCCAGUUUAGCUGCACACAAAAAGACUCAUAGUAGUAUAACAUUCUUCACAUGCUCUGUGUGUGGAAAACAAUUUAAGCAUGCAUUCAGUUUGAAGAAACAUUUACAUGUUCAUGAAAUUGCUCAAUUCUCAUGUGAUAUCUGCAAUAAGUUGCUUAAAUCUAAGCAAUCAUUACAAGCACACAUGCAAAGACAUUACAACAUUCACAAUUACAGCUGUGAAGACUGUGGUAGUACAUUUGUAACAAGUUCAGAAUUAAUAAACCAUAAGAAAAAGCAUAAUGUUAAAAAGAAUGUAGAAUGCCAUCUUUGUGGUUACAAAACACAUGCAAAGAAAAACUUAGUUAUACAUCUAAAAAGACAUGCUGGAGAAAAGUCAUAUAAAUGUGAUCUAUGUACUUUAUCAUUCUAUACAAAUGGUGACCUUCAAAGGCAUAAAAGAGUUCAUACUAGAGACAAACCAUUCAUGUGUCCAACUUGUAGCCAACGUUUCACACAUAGCACCAGUUUGAACAAACAUAUGUGUAGUGUUCACGGUAUUGAUUACAAAUGGUCAGAUGUUAAAUGGAAAGAAUCGAGAAAAAUGCAUCUUGUAACUAAAAAGAAUAACGAAGCAAAUGUAAAGUUAAAU